UGGCAGGUGACCUUUUGAGGACUGAUAAAGAGAUGGAAGAAACAGUACCGACAGACAGACAAGCAGAGAGUCAGACGGACACUGUCAGUCGGCUAUUGAGAACCUGUGAUUGCCUUCCUUCCAGCUGGUAAACAGGAGCAAUGCCAUCUGUUGCCAGUAGAGGGCAGUGCAGCACACAGUUCCAUUGUCUCUGCUGGGGUUCAGACUCAACAGCACAGCAGUAAGACUGUGUUGACAACAGGGGGUUCAUACAAACAAGGGAAGAUUGGUGGGACCCUAAAAAAAGUUUACCAGGCAUUUCUCUGGGUUUUCUGCGGGUCACCGGAGCAGUUUCAUUCAACGGAGGAUGUCUGAGAACGGGGUGUUAUUCCAGUCUCGGGGAAAGAUAUUGACGGUGGACACCAUGAACCCCGCCGUGAAGAAAGUAGAGUACGCGGUCCGGGGUCCAAUCGUCAUCCGAGCCGUGGAAAUCGAGAAGGAACUGAAACAGGGUGUGAAGAAGCCAUUCACUGAGGUCAUCAAGGCCAACAUUGGAGAUGCCCACGCCCUGGGCCAGCGGCCAAUUACCUUCCUGCGACAGGUGAUUGCUCUGUGCACCUACCCGGACCUCCUGAAUGAUAACAAGUUCCCAGAAGAUGCGAAGGAGCGAGCGCGCAGGAUCCUGCAGGCCUGUGGAGGAGGCAGCAUUGGAGCGUACAGUGCCAGUCAGGGUAUUGAGUGUGUUCGUCAGGACGUGGCGCAAUACAUCGAGAGGAGAGACGGAGGAAUCCCUUCCGACCCAAACAACAUCUACCUGUCCACCGGAGCCAGCGACGCCAUCGUGACUCUCCUGAAGCUGCUGGUGUCGGGUGAGGGGAGGUCUCGCACAGGGGUGCUGAUCCCCAUCCCUCAGUACCCCCUGUACUCUGCAGCCCUGUCGGAGCUGGGUGCUGUGCAGGUUAAUUACUACCUGGAUGAGGAGAACUGCUGGGCCCUGGAUGUGCAGGAGCUGCGGAGAGCGGUAACUGCAGCCAGGCAGCACUGCCAGCCCAAAGUACUGUGCAUCAUCAACCCGGGCAACCCCACCGGUCAGGUCCAGAACAGGAAGUGCAUUGAAGAUGUGAUUCGAUUCGCUGCUGAGGAGAAGCUCUUCCUGAUGGCGGAUGAGGUCUACCAGGAUAACAUCUACGCGCAGGGCUGCCAGUUCCACUCCUUCAAGAAGGUUCUGUAUGAGAUGGGACCUGAGUACUGCAACACUGUGGAGCUCGCCUCCUUCCACUCCACAUCCAAGUGCUACAUGGGAGAGUGUGGGUUCCGGGGUGGGUACAUGGAGGUGAUCAAUCUUGACCCCCAGGUCAAGCUGCAGCUCACCAAGCUGGUGUCGGUGCGGCUGUGUCCCCCUGUCCCGGGACAGGUCCUGUUAGACGUCAUCGCCAACCCCCCCAGAGAGGGGGAGCCCUCGUACGAGCAGUUUAUCAAGGAGAAAACUGCAGUUCUGAAUAACCUGGCGGAAAAGGCCCGGCUCACGGAGGAGAUAUUUAAUACCGUUCCAGGGAUCAAGUGCAACCCGGUGCAGGGAGCCAUGUACUCCUUCCCCAGGAUUGAGAUCCCUGACAAGGCCGUGAAGGAGGCCCAGGCAAAGGGUCAGUCUCCAGACAUGUUCUACUGCAUGAAGCUCCUGGAGGAGAUGGGGAUCUGCGUCGUACCGGGCAGUGGCUUUGGACAGCGAGAGGGGACACACCACUUCAGGAUGACUAUUCUCCCUCCAACAGAGAAGCUCAGGAUCCUUCUGAACAAGCUGAAGGAGUUCCACGAGAGGUUCACCCGCGAGUAUUCCUAAACUGACCCCGAGAACCAAGCACAGCAAUCCCACCUGGAGUAUCUGAACGGAAACGCUUUCCAUGAGGGAACCCAGAGAAAAAAUCCAACCGUCUUCUGUCACAGGAAAAAAAUCCAAUGCACAAAAGCCACAGUGUAAAUAUUUGCCAGCAGAAUCCAGGCUACAUCCUCCCAGGGCAGUGUGAUUUGUGGACUGGAGAGGGGGAUUCUGGGUGCAGAUCCCACACCAGCCGACAUCAAAGUCAGAUGUAUUCCAGGGUGUUAUUGCUUUUAAUGGUUGUUUUUAAGUUUUACAUUUAUGUUGUGUAUUUUACAAUAGUAAACAAAACUAUAUCAAUAAAUCCAGGAAAGUAAGGUUUAUUUAGUCUGAAAAGGGAAACACAGAUUUUCUUGGAAUCUGUGUAGUUUUCUAACAGUUAUAAACACUGCUGCUAAAGUAUUGACUUUUAAAAAGUGUAAAAUGAUUAUUGUAGCAAAGAGAGUAUCUUUAUCAGUUUAUCAUUUUGAAGGCAGUAAAACACAAACUUCAAAUUCAGAGAUUAAAAGUAAAAACAACAUGGGGUUUACUGUGGUUUUACUGAAUAUUCGUUCAAAAAUCAAACAAAUACUCUUUGAUUUUGAAUUAGUUGGAAUUUAAUUUGCACAUAUUAGUUAAAAUCCAAAUAACAACCUGUGUAUCUUAGUACCUCGGUGCCUGGAAGUGACCCUAUGUUGUAGCUCCUUCCUUACUUAUUAAUGUAGUACCUCACUACAGAAGCCAUCUCUCUAGGUGCCUUGUCAAGUGACUGUGUUGUAAUACCUCAGGAUGUUAUUAGACUGUGCUCUGCUGUAGACCACUGUGCCUUAGCCCCACAGCUUCAAAGUGUUUUAUAGGGUGAAAGGGAAGCAGAGAGGUAUGGUAAAGCCUAUCUAAAUCAAGGCAAACUACGUUAAGAAUGGGAAAAGUAACUGCAAAGUGAUGUGUAAGUGAACAUUUUGUAAAGGAUGAAAAGCCAAGACAAUGACUGUGAAGAUGCUGCACAGUAUAUUGAAGCAUUCUUCCCCUGUGGUUCCCACAAGCUGUGACCGGAUUGCAGAGCAUUACCUCUGCUCUCUGCUUGCGGUGCUCAGACACUAAAGUGCCUUAUUGUGUAACCGGGAUCAGAGUUGCUAUAGUAACGUGGGCUCUGUAUUCACCGUGUUUGCUCUCUGUGUCAGUGGUACACACACUGGGGUCCCCGAGAAAUUCUGGAAGCUUCUGUCUUGUACAGUGUUGUGGGGAGAGACAGGACUUGUGAUACCAGCAGAUAAUGCCCACAUUACCAAUUUAACCAUCAACCAGUUCUUCAUUCUUGUUUGAGAUUUGCCUUGUGCUUGGUUUUCAGUUGGGGGGACUGAGGGAGACACUCUGCCAGUCUCAGACAAGCUAAACCCUUGUCUUUCAUCACAUCUUAUAGGAUGCCAAUGACAGGUAGCUGGCUACAGCUGGUACAAUACAGCCUGCAGCUGAGGCAUUCAGGUCUUCUUAGAUUGCACAAAUUGAAUUUUUUGGGAGAAGUAAAAUAUCAAAUAUUAUUAAAUCAUGCAUAGUUCACCUAUCUGAAAUGUCUAAUCAUGUUUUUAAUAAACAAAGACUUUUAGAA